UGCGGGUCUGCAGCGGGUCUGUGAGGGUCUGUUUGCGGGUCUAUCUGCGGGUCUCCGGGCCGGAUAGCUCCUCCAUGGCGCGCUGCUGAGCGUCUCCUCACGUCUCGGAUCCGGACUCAUCGAGGCCCCACCAUGUCUGGAAGAGAGAAGGGGGGCCACACCAAGGACAGCGUCAGUCUGCUGCCCUGCUUCUAUUUUGUCGAGCUUCCCAUCCUGGUGUCGUCCGUGGUCAGUCUCUACUUCCUGGAGUGGACGGAUGUGUUCAAGCCGGUGAAGUCUGGCUUCAACUGCCACGACCGCAGCCUGAGCCUCCCUUACAUCGACCCCAACCACGAGGUCAUCCCCUUCCUGAUGCUCCUCAGCCUGGCCUUCGCCGGGCCGGCCAUCACGAUAAUGAUCGGGGAGGCCAUUGUUUUCUGCUGUACGUCUCGGAGGAAGAGUGGCGGGGGGGCCGAGGCGAACAUCAACGCUGCUGGCUGCAACUUCAACUCCUUCAUACGCAGAGCUGUGCGCUUCGUUGGCGUUCAUGCUUUCGGUCUCUGUGCCACGGCCCUCAUCACCGACGUCCUCCAGCUGAUGACCGGCUACCCGGCGCCCUACUUCCUCACGGUGUGUAAACCCAACUACACCAACGUCAGCUGUGAGCAGAAUCCUUAUGUCAUGGACGACAUCUGCUCCGGGGGCGACCCUGCAGCCAUCACCCAGGGCAGAAAGUCCUUCCCGUCGCAGCAUGCUACCCUGGCUUCCUUCGCCGCUGUCUAUGUUUCGAUGUACUUCAACAGCACUCUGACAGACUCGUCCAAGCUGCUGAAGCCCCUCCUCGUCUUCUCCUUUAUUAUCUGUGCCAUUAUAUGCGGUCUGACCCGGAUCAUUCAGUACAAGAACCACGCCAUCGACGUCUACCUGGGCUUCCUGCUUGGAGGGGCUAUUGCUGUCUACCUGGGUUUGUAUGCAGUUGGAAAUUUUCAGCCCAGCGAGGAGGCCAGUGCCAGUCCCCCUCCGAUCCUACACCGGCCCCCCUGCUCCUUGCCCCACAUCAGCCAGGAGGCGGUGCUCCACCACCUGCAGAUGAAAGCCAGCAUGGCCGGGGAGCUCGGCAUGCACACCUCUCACUCCGAGGGCCUCCUGCACCGCGGCCUCCCCCAGCAGAGGUCUGAAGACAGUCUGAAGCGCUCCAGUGCAGAGGUGGAAGUGAUAUCUCCCCGCAGCCCCCAGAGCAAAGACGCCAUCAUGACCUUCAGCCAAACUCUUCCGCGGGUCCACACCCCCCAGGCAAUGGCAGCAUAUGAGGAGGCAGCCAGACGGCACGCCGCCACCCUCCACCAUGCCUCCAUGGACUCCAGUCGAUCCAAGCAGCUCCUGUCUCAGUGGAAAAGUAAGAACAACCACAAAUGCUCCCUGCAGGUCCCGGACUCCUUCUCCUCUUCUGUAGACUCGUCCUCCGGCCAGUCAUCCCAGCACCCUCACCACCACGGCAGUAUGGAGCUCCGGUCUAGCUCCGAGCCCAUGGCUAUGGGCCUGAAUGGAGGCUUCGACAGUCAUUCUUACAUGUCCAAACUGGCCACAGGUGCUAGUACCACCCUGCCCAGUAACUGCAGCGGAAUCACCGGAGGGGCCAGGAUAUCCAUGCAGUCUAGACCUGGGUCUUCACAGCUGGUCCACAUACCAGAGGAAGCUCAUGAGAACUACAACACAACCAACCCGAGGAUGGGGGGAGAAGGAGAGAGUGAGGGGAUGUCCACAAUAAACAGCACAGUUCAGGCCAACUGGCAGCGGGCUGCAGAGAAGACCACCGCCUUCAGGACUAACGAGAACGGCCACAACACCCAGCCUCGAAUUAUGCAAGUGAUAGCUAUGUCCAAGCAGCAGGGCCUCCUGCAGAUCCAUUCCAAGAGCUUAGAUGAGAGCAGCAUCGGCUGCAGCGCCAGCGGGAGCUGCCCGGGCUCAGCUCGGUACCGGGUGCUACCCGAUCCAGAUCCCACAAGCACUACGGGGCCCGGCUCCCUGGGUAGCACUUCAGGCAGUAUUUCAGGAAGCACCGGAGCAAUUGUCAGAGUAGAGGCCCACCCUGAAAACGACAGACCAGUGAUCCAAGCUCCAGCUACAGAUGGAAGUGGAACGUGGAGGUGGCGAUCCCUGGAUCAUGGCACUGGAGCUGCUGGAGGUCCAGGGACAUGUGGACCAGGAGGAGGACCAGGAGGAGGAUCAGGAGGAGGAUCAGGAGGAGGAUCAGGAGGAGGAUCAGGAGGAGGAUCAGGAGGAGGUGGUGGGAGCCUGAAGCAGUCCUUUGAGCUCAACGAUCUGAACAGAGACUCAGAAAGCUCAGACUCCAUACGUGAAGGGUCCAUCGACAGAAAGCAGGCCAAUCACAUCGUAACCACAACUGCCACCAACAGCACCCCCACCACAGUCACUGUUCACACGCAGAACCCAAGCCAGUCCGAGCACCGGCUCCACCCGCAGGGCAUGUCCACCAUCAGGGUCACUCCGGGGGAUGGUUCUGGAUCUGGAGGAGGUGGAGAGAGCGCUUCAGAAACCCUUUCUGUCGCCUCCAGCCGGGAGUCCACCCUGCGGAGGAAAGGCAAUAAUAUCAUCCUGAUUCCAGAGAGAGCCGACAGCCCGGACAACGCCCGGAACGUUUUCUACAAGGGAACGUCCAUGACUCCUGUUUUCAAGGAAUAACUCGUCAGAGGAGAAGUAGCUACUAAUGCAAGGCGGCCUGCCGUUGUAAAUAUCAUAAUAACUGCAGAAGAAUAGGUUUCAUUCAGCAUGAGGUUUUGUACAUGUUUACACUGAAUCACAACCUUUAAGUGUUGUAGAAAUAAUCACUGUGUACUUUGUAGUCACUCCUAAGGAAACCUAGUGUAAUGUCGAGGCUGUGCCAGUGCUUUUGGGACAAGAAAAGCUUUUUUAAACAGUUACGUAUGUUUUGGAUAUACAUUUUCUGAAAAAAAGAAAUGAGCACACUGCUGUGUAAACUGUAGCAAAGGGCAGCACUAAUUGCACCAUAGCUAUAGAGCCAGUGCGCUUCCCUGCACUGCAAAUACUGUGGAAAGGGUGAAAUAGACUAUACAACAUAUUGUGUCAUUUGAAUAGAGAAAAGAUGAAUUAUUUUAGAGUGAGCAACAAUGACAUUAGGACGUCACAAAGAUAUGUUUUGUACUUCGUGUUUCUCCUGUACAGAUACUACAUAAUCAACAAAUACUGUUUCUGAACCAUAAGUGUGCUUAGCAUUCCUUCUGUAGCUAUGAAGUCUAAUAUGCUGUGACUUGCACUGACCUAUGC